AUGCUUCAAUCAACCAUCCUUGCAGUCCUAUUAGCACUUGGAUCAAACACAGUCCUCGCAACGCCAAACGAGAAUGAUAUUCCGCCGAUCGUCACCGGCGUUGUCUCAUCAGCCCUAAGUCUUGCCAAUUCUUACGCAUCUGAAUACAGUACAAUUCCACCAGAUGCACAAUCUGCAGUCUCAUCUGCCCUCUCGCUUGCAUCGUCCUAUGAGGGUUACGGAAACAGCGUCGCCAAUAGUGCGCUGAGCUUGGCGAGCUCUUAUGCCAGUGAAUAUGGUGACGGUGGUGGCAGUGACUCGACAACAACAGCGUCCGUGGCUUCGAGCACUGGCACUGGCAGUGGCUCUAGUACUGGCACCAGCUCUGGCCUAGGAGCAGUAACAGUUACGCAAACGAGCGGUAGGGGGGGAGCAGUGGCAACACAAGCCUCAGCUACCGGUGGCGCACCUUUCAGGAAGACACCAUUUUCAUCUGUUGGGGGAGGAUUGAUGACUACUAUGGGCGUCCUGGCUGGUUCGAUUAGUCUUGUAGCGGUCGUUCUAGCAGUUGCUCUCUAG